UCUCAUUAUUUAGUGCUGUUUGGGUAGAAGAAGAAAUAACACAGAAUCAUAGAAUCAGCUGUCUGUCACUUGGCAUCUUUAAAGUUUUAGCGCACAUUACAGUGCAAAUAGACUGAUACGAAUUUCUUGUUAUCAAGCACGUUUUUUUAUCUCCACACUCUGCCUCUUUUAUAGCUCUUUACGGUAAAAUAACGGUGUUUCAUAGGGUGAUAUAACGGCUACGUCAAUGUAAAUAAACAAGCUGCAGGUUACAAAGGUUACAUAGAGAUACAGAGUUUGAAAAUGGAUGUUCCUCAUGAUGGUACUGGGCUAUCUGCCGAACUGCCUGAGGAGUAUGUGGAGGAUAUCACAGGAUCAGUUCUGCUACUGCAAGUCAUUGGUGCAUCUUCAGCAUGCGCCAUGAUAUUUGGUGGAGUUGUACCAUUUAUUCCCCAGUAUUAUGAAAUUAAACGAACCAAUAAUUCUGAUGGAUUUUCAUUGUAUGUGUGUUUAGCACUGUUAGUCGCAAACAUAUUAAGAAUUUUAUUUUGGUUUGGAAAACGAUUUGAAACUCCUCUUCUCAUUCAGAGUAUGAUUAUGAUAGUAACCAUGAUGGUGAUGAUAAGAUUGUGUGUUGAAGUGCGCAGAAAUCAUGUAAUUCUGAAGGUUCGUGACCGUGUCUUGUCAGAUAUGGACCUGCGCUUCUUUUGGAAAUGGACAGAUUUCCAGUCUUAUGUGGAUUGUACAAUGCUCAUGGCCAUAGUUGGCUCCAUUGUUACAUACAUGCUUCUGGAUGUCCCCAUUUUUGUAGAAAUUCUUGGAUUUAGUGCACUUUUAACAGAGGCCCUCCUAGGGGUUCCUCAGCUCCAAAGAAAUUACAUAUCAAAAUCUACUGAGGGUAUGAGUGUUACCAUGGUUCUUAUGUGGACAGCUGGUGAUGUUUUCAAGACUCUGUACUUUUUGGUUCGUGAUGCACCAUUCCAGUUUUGGCUUUGUGGGAUUCUGCAGGUAUCUGUAGACAUGGCAAUAUUAUCUCAGGUCCAUCUGUAUCGACAUAAUGUCCCUGCUCACCACAGUAGCCGCUCUGAUUAGGAUCCUUGCAUUUGCGUCUACUACAUCAACUCACUUUAAGGUAAAUCAAUAGUUUGUAAGCUUCUCGUUCAUUAGCGUUUUUUUUCCCCACACAACCUCUAACUUUUUAGGACCCUUGAUGUAAUGGAAUGUGACCAAGAUAUCUAUCCAUCAGCAGAUAAUUUAUUCAAUCAAUAGGUUAUACCUAACUAUGUACCUUACACCGCAAAUUUACUGAUCUCAAAACUAUUUUUUAGCUGGGAUAAGGAUUGUUUGAUAAAAAGAACUAUUUUUUUUAGCUCAGACAUGGAAGAUUUGAUAAUAAGGUGCAAAAUUAUUUUCUGCAUGACUCUUGUAAUGUAUUGCUUUAUGGGAUAUAGCUUGAGACUUGACCUCAGUUUUAGUCAUGUUUCAGUCAAAGCGUUAGGUCGAAACAAAAUGCCUCAUAAAAGUUCUUUGAAAGAGAGACCCUUUUUUUGUAAGCUAAGAAAAGAUGAAAGAUGUAUGUGAAAGGUUUUCUGUUAGUUCACUGAAACAUCAACAAUGCUUCCUUUUUGAUAGCUGUAUCAAAUAUGCCCAAAAUGUACAACACACUCUGCCUUGGGGAUUGCCUCUAAACAUGUAGGCUUCAUGAAUGUUAUUUGGUUUACAUGAAACCAGUAAAACUACACAAAGUUGGAAGUACAGCCAGUACCUUAAUGUGUUAAAGGCCCAUUGAAUGUACUUACGUACUGGUUUCACUGACAAAAUUCAUGGCUGUGCACUUCUAGAAUAAGUUUAAAAGAACUACAGUAUUUAUUUUCGUAGAUAAACUUGUUAAAUAUCAUUGACAUUUGAUCAAUUUUUAUUUUUGCCUAGCAUCUUAUUACGUAAUGCUGGGCAAGUUAGCUUUCUACUUGUAGGAAAAAGAUAUUUCAGCAAUCAAAGUGAUAGUGCCAUCACAAUAAAAUGCAUAUUCAGGAGCUUCCUGAAAUCUACCCAAUUGAGCAAAUUCUUUUGGAGGUUGCAAUUAAGCUCAUGUCUCUUUAGACAUUUCAUCUUCCAGAUUUAUGCUUACUAUCCCUCAAUUUUUAAAUUAUUGCGAGAGAGUGGGAGGAAUUUAAGAGCUAUCACUGUAAGACUGACAGUCGUGGUGUGUGAGCUUCCCAAUUUUCUUUUUCAAUAUUCUAUGGUAACAUAUUGUAUAAAACUAACUGGAGUACUGUAGUAUUGUAAUGGUAACACACCAAUGCCUAAAUGCAUUUAGGACAUGUUUUUAAAAAUGAAUAGUUAGAUUACUAUUUUCCCAUUUACCUUUAUGUACAAAAUGUCUAUUUGUAGCUAGUCAAAGGCACAAUCAAGCGGUGAUUACUGCAUUCUGUUAUUUAUCCCAAUGUUAACCAAUAAGAUGCAAACAACACUAAUAUUUUGCACUAGUCAAUUUUAUUGUGUACAGGAAAUAAAUGGAUAGCUUAA